GUAGUACCAAAAAGAGCGGCUCUAUUAUUCGAUCAAUUGAUGGUAGCUCUACAAAAGGUCGUUGAUAAUCAAGGAAAAGGUUCAAUUGGAAGCAAAGGUAUAAGCAAGUUACCAGUGCAUCGUUUCCAAGCUGCCAACUCGGAAAUCGUUCCUGUGGCGGAUGAGCAAACGGUAGCGAAUUCGAUGGAUCUACAACGACGCGGACAAGCCAAAAGCGAGCUUUAUUGGCGCUGUUACUUUAAUGCCAUCACGUGCUUCAAGAAAAAGUGAUAAUGACCACUUCGCCGUCAGUUUUCCUUACUCCCUGAAGACCGAAGAGAGCGCGCGAAAUUUCAUAUUAUUUUCUCGACUUAGCAGCAGCACGACGAAAUUGUAGCAGUGCUUUUCUGACAGAGUGUCAAGAAAACAAGUGAAGAUCAAGAAUGUACAGUAGCAAUUCGCACGAUUACAAUGGUACUUGGAAAACCAAGUCAAUUUUCCUUCGACCUCAUCAACUGUUUUAUUUUUUUUUUGGCGCGCCCAAAGGAUACAUUUGCCAUUCUUCUCAGCGACUAUCGCCGCCCCGUCUUCUCUACACGUUCUUCUCGCGGAUCAUAUGCGACAUGUUCUGAAGGAAUAUAUUAUCUAUACUUAUUUUUCUUCUUGCUUAUAAAGUAAAUGAUUGAAGAUCUAUCUAUUAAAUGACUCUCUUCAGCAUA